AAUGUCUUACCCAGAAUUCGCGCGUCGUUUAGAAACCGUACACCUAUUGGUGGCGGGAGAAGCUGUUUUAUGUUAUUAGUUGUGUUUAAAUUACAACUAAUUAGAAAAAACAUAAAAAGAAAGCUUUAAGAAUGGAAGAGUUUGGAGUUUAUGCAGUUUUUGGAGUAAACGGUCCGCCUCAAAGGCUGCUGAGUGCGGACGGGUCGUGCAGAGUUUCUGUUGCAGUUCCUCCAUCCGUCCAGCAGGUGGUGGUGUUCAGCUGCGGACCGUGGGGGGAGAGGAUCUGCGUGAACGCGGAGCUCAGUGAUGCUGAUCGGUUCCCCAUCACUAUAGGAAAACUCACUCCUUAUAACAGAUGCCUGUCCUGGGAGCAGUGGGAAGAGGAGACAUGGACAGACUGUGUCACACUGAAUCUCACUCUGGAGGGAGGAAACACGGACUCUGUGGUGCCCCUCGCAGCCCGAGAGCUCCACGGCAAGAGGAAGAGAGAGCGAUCAGCAGAUCAGGAGGUGGACGGUGGUCUAAAUAAGGUGACCAAGGCGGGACAAGAAGAGAACGUGUGUCCUAAUGCCAGUAAGGAGAAGCCCACGCCUGUACGAAAGGUCAGAGGUCAAAGCAGAAUCAGCCAGAAGCUGUUUGCUAGUGGAGCGGUUUCCUCAGAGGUGAAAGCAGCAGGUCAUGAAGCAGGAGGGGAGGGGACGGCUCCUCCCCAGACUGCAUCCAGGAUGAAGAGUCGGCAGACCAAGACUCCCACUCAGACCACUUCUCUGAUCAUCCCAUCGGGACGCUGGGGACAAACCUUAUGUCCCAUUGACUCUCAGACGGCCAUUUUAAUUGGAGGUCAGGGAGCCAGGAUGCAGUUCUGCAAAGAUCCCAUGUGGAAGCUCUGCACAGAGGACAUGUCCUGGGUGGCUACAGAGACGCUGGCUGAGGGUCCCACCCCCGAAGCCCGGAUCGGACACACUGCCAUAUUCGACCCCCACUCCAAACGCAUCUUUGUCUUUGGAGGCUCAAAGAACAAGAAGUGGUUCAACGACGUCCACAUCCUGGACACGCAGAGCUGGAGGUGGAGCAUGGUGGAGGCUCAGGGAAAGGUGCCCCCCCUGGCCUACCACAGCUGCAGCAUGUUCCGCGGGGAGCUGUUUGUUCUGGGUGGGGUGUUUCCGCGCCCCAACCCGGAGCCCGACGGCUGCAGCGACUCCUUGUACAUCUUUGAUCCUCAGAUCUCCAUCUGGUACCAGCCCAUCGUCACGGGAGACAAGCCGUCUCCCCGAUCAGGCCACUCGGCCUGCGUGAUUCAGCAGAGGUACAUCUACGUGUUCGGGGGGUGGGACACGCCCGUCUGCUACAACGACAUGUACAUGUUGGACCUCGGGUUGAUGGAGUUCUCUGUUGUCCAAACAUCUGGAAAAGCUCCGUCUGCUCGAAGUUGGCAUGGCAGCGCCGUGCUCUCAGACACCAAGUUCAUGAUCCACGGUGGUUACAACGGAAACAGCGCCCUCUCUGACACCUUCGUGUUUGACACAGAGACGAACAGCUGGACUGAGCUGACGCUGCCACAACUCUCCGUUCCCAGGGCGGGACACUCCAUCAUCACCAUGGAAACACCAUCGCACCAUCUUCCCUCCAAAGAGGAUGCAGGCGUCGUCAAAAAGACUCUACUGGUGUUCGGAGGCGGAGACAACGAGGGACGGUUUUACUCUGACCUGACAACCGUUGCCGUGGAGACUCUGCUGGAUGCUCUUUAGGGAGUCCGUUGGUAGAGAAGCUGUCUAACUACAUCUGCUACGUGUUCUCUUUGUUUUAUGUUCUGUUGGUUUGUCUGGUUGAAUAAAGUUUGUCUUGUUUCCUC